CAAAGGUCAGUAAUAAAAACAUAAAACAAUGACACUGUCAUACGUGUUUUUUCACUUUUACGAAUCGAUUUUAACGUGUUAAUUGUGUUUUAUAUUCGUGUCAAUAACCAAUAAAGAGAAAGGGAAUUGAAAACGGAUUGUGAUCCAGUUUUAAAUCAUGGUUUUGAUAAAAACUUCUACGGGUCUUGUUGGCUUGGCCGUCCAUCCGAAUCCCAGUCACACCUUGGGUUCCCUUUACGGCAAAAUACUGCGUAUCAUCAAAAAAAUGCCGUACCAGUCAGCUUAUCGAAAGUACACUGAAAUUAUUUGCAAUGAGAGAAAUAAAAUCGUUAAAACGAGCAAGGAUUUCCUUGAAUUGGAAUGCAAGAUCAAUGGUGGACAAGCUGAAGAGCUGAUUGUGCAGGCUGAAAAUGAGUUGAAGUUGGCUCGACAGAUGCUGAACUGGAAGCCAUGGCAACCGUUGAUAGAGAAGCCUCCUCCGGGUCAAUGGACGUGGCCUCCUCCUAAAUCUUGUUGAUAAUAUUGUAUUGUAAUUGCAAUAAAGUUUGAAAUUAUA